ACAGUCGAUGCGCAUGAUCGCUACGGCAGUCAUUUGCGUGCAUAAGUUGUGGUGCACUUGUCGAGUAUAAAAGUAGAAAGCAGAAUGAAAGCGAUUACAUUAUUCAUUUGCUGGUGCUAAUUACGACAAAGCGAGUCCAAAUUUUUCAACCCCGUCGACCAAUAGUUGAGCCUUUUGCAAGCGGGGAAAGUUGAGUUCAACAUGUACGGUAUGAUUUUUGAGACCAUCCAAAAUAUCUUUCAGUUGGAAUAUGGAGAACAACUCUGGCACGCUCUCCUAGAAAAAACCAACUAUCGCAACACUGUCUUCUGUACUCACCAAACUUAUCCGGAUGAUUUGGUCAUGGAAUUGGCCACCGCAGCUGCAGAAGUUGUCGGGAAUAGGUUGACGGAGCUUGAUUUCUUGAAUUAUUUUGGGCGCUGUUUUAUCCGCUCCUUUGACCAAUAUGGUUACGACAAGAUCAUUAAAGCUGGUGGUCGUUACUUUUGCGACUUCCUGACCGGCAUCGACAAUAUCCAUUUACAAAUGAGAUACAUGUUUCCCAAAAUGGUUUCGCCUAGCAUGUACAUCUCGCACGAAGAUGCUGAUGGUGUUUUGCUGCACUACCGAACUCCACGCAGCGGCCUUUGCCCUUACCUCAGAGGCCUGCUCCUUCAACUUGCGAAAGACUACUUUAAUAUCGAACUUCUCGUCGAGGAGUUAGCUAGUGAACCCACUGGGGAGGAUGAAUAUUACCAAAAUCGAUUCCGUCUUCAUUUCAACAAUCGGGACUAUUUGGCUAGUCGAGAGAUGAUGAACGGUAGCAAUCUUAAUCUUGACGUGAGUAUGAGGGCAAUAAUGUCUUCAACGUUGUCUAGCAAUGCCCUGUUACAACUCUUUCCAUUUGCCCUAAUCUUUCGUUCUGAUCUUAAAAUAAUAAGCACGGGCAAACAAUUAAAGAUCAUGUUCAUGGAUGGAAUAUAUGGACAUAGCCUUGACGAACUAGUCAAGAUGCGUCGUCCUAGAGUUAACCUCACGUGGGAUAACAUUCUUGGCUUACAGAAAGUUAUGUGUGAAAUCGAAUUAUUUUUGAUCUACAAAAAGGAAGAAACAGUAGGCAAUAAAACUUUACAGACCGUAGGAAAUAACAAAUCGGAGGAAAGUCGUCGCCUAUUUCUGCAGGGCCAGUUCCGCUAUCUCAAAGAAUGGGAUGCAGCAAUGAAUGCUGUAAUAUUUCUUUGCAACCCUAUCGUGAAUAAUUUAACGGAUCUCGACGAACUUGGACUCAAACUCGACGAUUUGAGCAUGCACGGGAAUGGUCGAGAAAUGGUUAUGGGAGGAUUACAGCACAAUUCCCGCCUGGAAGAUUUAUACGAACGAGCUGAAGAACGAUCGCACGAAUUGGAAAAAACCCACCAACUGCUUGAACAAUGGACGGAGCGCGGAGAUCAGCUGCUGUACUCCAUGAUUCCGCAAUCGGUGGCUGAUAAUUUGCGUAAAGGAACGCAUCCAGUAGAUACUUGUCAGAAUUUUGAGAGUAUUACAGUUCUAUUCGUCGAACUUACAAACAUUGAAAUCAAUGCGGACAAUGCUUUGGAGAUGGUAAAAAGCAUGAAUGCGGUUUUUUCCCAAUUGGAUACUGUUGUUGAUCGACACAAAGUUUACAAGGUAGAGACUGUUGGAAAAGUUUACAUGGUUGUGGGAGGUGCUCCGGAAGAGAACAAGUCCCACGUCAGAGACGUAGCCUUGGUUGCUUUAAGCUUUCGAGACGAAAUCAAUGAACUUGUUAACACGACUGGAAUGGACGUCCGUAUCCGAACAGGUUUUCACUCUGGCUCGGCAGUAGCGGGAGUAGUUGGGCUUAAAAUGCCUCGCUACUGCUUUUUUGGAGAUACAAUCAAUACAGCGUCGAGAAUGCAGUCGUCGUGUGAUCCGGGAAACAUUCAAAUGUCGUCAACCUCUUACAGCCUCCUUGAGUCGUUUUCCGGGUUUGUCUGCGAAAAGCGUGGGCUGGUAAAGGUCAAGGGCAAAGGCGAGAUGCAGACUUAUUGGCUGCUUCAUCAUCAGGAAUCCGCAGACUAGACUGUUAUUUAUUAUAGACAUUUAUAGACAUUGUCGGUUAAAAGUAUUUCAAGUAGCGAUCAGUAUAAUUAAUAACCCAUCGUAGACUGUGAUGUUCAAGUAAUAAGCUUGUAUUUCACUAUUCCAAGGCAAUGUCUUGGGAACAGCGCACAUUCCAACGUUGUACCAUCUGCUGUUUUCUACCAUGGGUAUGGUACAAUGUUUCUUGAUGCACUCCCCAAAAAAUAGAGUUAAUUUCCUGUUGUUACGUGUUCCGUUUCCGUAAGCAAGCAAGCGAUCACAGUAGUUUCGGUAGUUCAAUCCAGUUUUGUCGUAAAAGUGAAUCGAACCUUUUUCCGUCACUUGUAUCCGGUUUGAUGUAAGAAAAGUUUCCUUUAUAUUGGGUUCCAAAGAAUAACCGUUACGGCGGCAAUGCAAUUUACUAUCUCUUCAGGUGGGUUUCCGGUUAACACACGAAUGUAA